AUGAGCUGGUCCAAGGUCGCACAGCUGUUUGGGUUGCAUAAGCUGGCUCUGAUUCCCGACCAGCAUCUUCUCGAGGACAGAGUACUUUUCUUUUUGAUCCGAUACCCGAACCGGUUGUCAUACCAUGGAGACCUUCUCGAGGCUGUAGAGGCGAGGCGGCUGGGGAGGAACCCCUCAAAAACUUUGCGGAAUAUAUUUUAUGGGUUGGAAGAUUCGUUCGGUGCUUUGCAAGAAGAGACCAGACUGUCUAAUAGUCUUGAUGAAGAAUUCAGAGCGACCGUCUUCUUCACAAUAUACGACACUUCUGGCAACUCGUUCAGCAAGCCGUUCUGCCAGAUAUCCCUGGAUCAUAAAACAGAACGGCGAUUAGAGGAUAAAUCACGGUACUAUGGGCUCUAUUCAAUAUUGGAUGCCAUGCUGGCUCACCAGAAAAAGUAA